CCACCAUGAUGGAAAAGACGCAGCAAUUACGUCCAUAAGCUAUCUAUAGUGAAGAAAAAUUAACUCAAGCCUAAGUUUUUCUUCUAACCAUGGAAGAACUUCAACAGCUCGAACAAUUAUCUCUUGUAUCUAAGAUUUGUACUGAGUUGGACAAUCACUUGGGUAUUAAUGACAAAGAUCUUGGUGAGGCUAUUGUAUCUUCUACUUUAUAACUCUGUAUACGUUAUUAAUUUCCUUUUACGAUUUCAAGUAACGUUAAAAAAAAUUAAAACUAUAAUAAACCAGAGGAUGUGGGCGAGUUUACGUGGUUUAGAUGCAUAGAUUUGGACAUGCCGAGCUUAAUUAGGACGAAGUAUACGCCAUUAUGAUUGGUUUAUACCUAUGUUCAAUUACAGCUGAAGGACGUGGAAGAUACCAGUUGUACGUUAACAACCUUUUUGCUUCUUUUUUUUUUUAUGGAACAAAUACCUGACGUGUUGCCAUGCAUCUGCUCAAUAAUUGAUCACAAAAUAAUUCAAAAUGUGAACAACACUGACACAUACAGCUGCACAAAUUGUUACUUUUUUGUCCACGUCAUGUUUUUAUGUGAUCUGUGAUCUGUUACAGAAUUGUUAUAGAAAUAUGAAGAUAUGGAAAAUGGUUGCCCCAGUCAGGAAAGUCAAGGAAAAAUAUAUAUUCUUCUAAACUCAGGGAAAAGUUAGCUAAAAUUUGUAUGUAGAGUGCAGCUCAAAGAGAAGGGGAACAAAUUAUGGGCAUUAACUCUAGCUUCUCUCAUGCUCUCGAAACUUUGUAAGUGCAUCCAUAACUUGAAAUAUACACAACUAAAAGCGUGAACUAAUUAUUUUAUAACAUAGCAUGCAGACACAAGUUGUGCAUGACAAAAUAGUUUAUUACAAUUGUGUUGGGUGUACCAGGUAAUCCUUUUCGACCCCAAAACUAUGAUUAAACAACAAGGCAAAACAAACCAGAAACAUUUUGAGACCAAAUAUUUUUGCAAAGCAUGGAAAUUUUUCUGUGCAGAAGUUACAAACAAACUAAUUUCUUUCAUGUAUGAGACCACAUGACAGAUCUAGCAUACUUGAAUCCUUGUUUAUGAGAAUCUCCAUUGAUCAUGUUGAGUUUCUCUCAGUGUUUGUUGAGAAGUUACAGUCAAACUCUUUUCACCAUGGCCUUCUCCCUGUGUCACAUGCUAAAAAAAACUUAAAUUUUUGUUAUAGAAGAAUAAAUUGAAUUAGUGAACUGUUUCAAAUAGAGUUGAAGGAAUUAUUUUCUCAGUUCUUCCUGUGAUGCUACAGAAGUAACAUUAGGUUUAAAAAAAAUUUUCUUUGCAGAAAGAAAAUUGUAAGGUAUGACUGGUGCAUAAUGAAAAAUACUAACAAAGGUCUUUGAAGAGAGAGCAUUUUGUAGUUUGAAUCAGCAAAAAGUAACAUGGAUGGUUUUAAGUGGCAAUUGGAUGCCAUUAUCAGGAUUCAUUUAUGAGAUUGUUAAUUCAGCUUGUCAGGGAAAUUUAACACUUUUCAGGGUUAAAUCAGGGAAUUUUAAAAUGGUAUUUUUAUGGCAACCAUGAGAAAUCUAUUUUUUGUUUAUAGACUUAAAUAUGGUGUUUCAUGGUAAAAUUGUAAUGUUCGGUAUCCAUGUAAACUGAAAUGAACCAGAUAUUUCUACUGGCCAGGGGACCUUUAAAAAGGUGGAGAAAUCUAACAGAUUCUUGAUACUGAAAGUAACAUUAAUCCAAGAUAAUGUUGUUUAGUUUUGUCACAGUGCUAGCUUCACAGGCAAAACACAUGAAUGACAUUCACAUGGUUUCACCUGACAAAGAAGAUUUUACUGUAAAUAGACAGAACCAUAUCAGUGUUUCACCAUUUCUUCCAAUGCACUAAAAAUCUCUUGGACCUUAGGGUAUCAUAUGUAUCGUAGGAGGAAUUUGCUACAAAAUAAAGAUCUAGGCUUGGUAAUAUGAAUGUAUGCCAAACAUUACUCAGCCUGUGGUGAAAAGAUUUUCUCAUAUUACCACAAUUCAUUGUUGUCACUGUAGCUGAUCCUGUUGCAAGACUGACCAUUCAGUGGUAUGCUUUCCAAACUUUUUGAGUAAAUGUGCAUCUAAAGAUUCCAUUUUUAUCAGUUAUAGAUGCAAUGUAUUUUUUCAACCUGUUUUUCUUUCUUUUUGAUCACUUAGCUGAGUUUAUAAUCAUGCUGGGAGAAAGGAACUCCACUGUUGACAAGUUUCAGGCAGCUCUAGCAGAAAAUGGUGCUGAAUUUCCAGUAAGUGACAGUGCACUGUGACAGGAAUGUUUGACAUGAAUUGAAACCUGUCAAGGAUGUCAUAAUUAGCAAGGGUUAUGGCUUUAAAAGUGCCUUGACGUGCCAAACAAUUAGUCUAGCAAAUGCAAACAAACACAUUACUGCACAUUACUUCAAAUAGUAUUUAAUGGGUUGGUAAGUUGCUUUUAUGAUGUAAGCUUAGACUGUAAUAUUUAGUCAGUAAUGCGCAAAACAAUUCAAAGCUUCAACAUCCCUCUCUCCCUGGGCAACCCAGGGGCACUUGACUGUCAUCCAUGCCUUGGGAGUGGGGAGUCUGAACCUUUUCUAGGUGGGGUUAGGCUGUGAUUCAAACCAAAAAAGGCAUCCUUCUUGCAUAAUACACAUGUUUAAAUGGAGGAGUUUAAGAGUCUGGGCCCAGUUGUUCAAAGACCAAUUAGUGCUAACCCAGGGUUAAAUUUUAAUCCAGGUUUCUACAUUUCUCUAUUCAAAAGCUGUUUUGGAAUAAUUUUACCCAUUGUUUUUAGAACAUUCAAUCAUCAAAUUGUAGUCAAAAAGAAAUAAACUGAAUUUGUUCUUCAAGCUUUCAGAUCUGAAAUCAAAUUUCACACUAACCACAGAUUAUCUUAACCCAGCUUAAACAACUCGGACCUGCUUUUUUGAGCGAAUGGAGUAGAAAAACAAUUUCACAUUUAAGAAUGAUGCAGCCCAAGAGCAGCACCAAAAGCUAAUACAAGACUUUGCAAAAUUCUUAAGCAUUUGUUGAUCACACAAAGUAUCAUUCAUUAUAGAAUGGGACAUUUGAACAAAAUUUUGGCCCAAGCUUCAAAAGUUCAAGUUCCCAGGGGUUUGCUAAGGAUUUUGAAGCUUUAAAUUGAUUAAAGCAGAAAUGAGUAGUCUCUUCACUUAAUGACCAAGAAGUCCCUUGAUUGAUGGAACUGGCUCACAACCCUGAACUAUACAUGCACAUGUAGCCAUAACUUUCAAUUAGUUUGUAAUAGUAGAACUGGGGCCUUUUCAAGACUUUUUUUCUAUGAAAAAACUUAAGAUGGUGGAGCAUAUAAAUAGAGUAGUAAAUAAAUGAAUAAAUCAAUGGAAAUGGUGGAUGUCUCUGAAUCAAAAUCAAAGAUGGAAGACUGCGCCUUAGACUUAGGGAAUCUUGUUUUUGCCAUUCUUUCACAAUCAACAGUCAUUUUUGUACAUUUAGUUUGUUUUAUAAGAGUUCUUUUUAGAAGAACAUAAUUAUUGUAAUUUUGCAUGUGGGCAGGUACCUCUUCCCUUGGGGCUAGAAAUUCUUGUAAAACACCACAGUUUUUAUGAUAAAAAAAUUUCAUCAAGUUAGUUUGACUCAUUUUAACUUGAAUUCCAUUCUUACCCAUAACAUACUAACAUAUCUUUUAAUGCAUGAAGCCCUAUGAAUGAGAGAGUGCUAAUAAUAAUUUUGUGCUUGAUGCCGUGGACAGAAGAAAAGUCACUGGUAUGCUAUUUCUUGAUAUAUCCAAGGCGUUCGACUCUACAAACCACAAGAUACUCCUGGGUUAAGGCUUGAACACAUAGGACUAUCAGUGAGAAGUCUGAGGUGGUUCAAAUCAUAUCUCUCAAACAGACAGCAAUGCAUGUAUAUAAAUGGUGAAGUAACAGAGACUCACCAUGUCAACCUUGGCAUGCCUCAAGGGAGUAUCUUAGGUCUACUUCUAUUCAGCAUGCACAUUAACAGCCUAUCAACUACUGUAAUUAGGAGUGAAUUGAUAUUGUAUGCAGACAAUGCUGUUCUUAUGGUUGCUGCAUCAACACCCCAAGAACUUAAUGAUGCCCUUCAAUAUGAUUUUAACCUAAUCUCCAGCUGGUAUAUCAACAACAAAUUAACACUUAAUGUAAAGAAGACUUAUUUGAUGCUGGCAGAAAGCAAAACUAUGUUGUCUCAAUUUGAUAACUUUCUAUUUUUUUCUGAAUUGAUGUAGGGUAAGUAAAUGGUGUUUCAUCUAUCAAGUAUAUAGGGGUAGUGCUGAAUGAGAAAUGGAAAUGAAAGACACAUAUUAAUAGCCUCUUACCAAAAUUAGGGCAUCGCCUUUCAGUGUUCAAUCAAUUCUAUCACAUGUUAGAUAAGAGAAGUCUCACUGCGUAUUUCAGUGGCCCUGUCCUACCACAUCUCUAUUAUGCAUAUAUUGUUUGGGGAGAUCAGUCAGGUCUUACAACACAGAUGAAACAGUUGCAACCUUUUCAAAAUCGCUUUGCAAAAAAGAUUGUAAAGGUAAAAGUGAGUCAGCUGAGGCCCUGACAUUGUUGCAGUGGGCCCCACUGCAUGCAAGGCAUUUAGCUCAUUAAUAUUGUCUUGUACAAGAUGUAUUGAAGGGUUAGAUCCCUGAACAUCUUCAUGUGUUCAGUUCUACAAUGAGCCAAGAUCACAGUUAUAAUAUCCAAAAUGGUGUCAUGCCCAAAGUCAGCUGGCUAAGAACUGAAUGGGGCAGAAAAAAAAAUUAUAAAGCAAUUAACUGUAAUAAUAAUUGGACCUUACUGCCAAGUGAGCUCAAGAGACUGAUGCUAAAAAUGAUUUUCAAACACAAACUGAAAGUUUUUCUAUUGAACUAUGUUAACCUCUAAUUAGUAUUUUUAAUCUUAGUUCUUAGUUUUAAACUUUAGCUUGAAGUCCUAGUCUUUUUUUUCAUAUAAUUUAUUUGUAAAAAUUUUAUAAGGACCCUCCUGAAAACCACCUUUGGGUGAUUGGAGGCCUCCUCUUAAAAUAUUAUUUUAUUAUUUUAUUAUUUAAUGUGCCCCACACAAAAUUCUUAAUCAUGGUUUAAUAUUUCACAAUGCAUAUAACUGACCAGAUGGAGGAUUGAUACUAAUAACUAUCAGAUAUUGGAAAUCAUUUUGUGAAUGUUUACUGUUCUAGGACUCAUUUGCAUCAAACUUGUUGAGACUGAUUCAAAAAAUGAAACCUAAGUUGGAAACAUAUGAUGAUAAACCAGGUUUGAAGUUACAUGUGUAUUGAUUCUUUAGUGUAUUCCUAAAGCCUAUGAUGUUACAGUACUUCUUGAGGUUCAAGCUCUUCCAGUGGGGCUUACAAAUUCUAGCUACAGAAUCAAGCCUUGUUGCUAACAAUGUAGAUAUUAAUUUAUUCACUGGAAGGCUAUAAGUUACUCACAGUAAGCUUGUUUAUGUGUACACUGUGAGCAAUACAAUGUUAUACAUGGAUAUACAGGUCCUAGUUGCUCUCCAAGUUUUCCAUCCUUUUUCUUCGGUGUGAUCAAGACCCUUGCAUGUGUCCUUCAUUAAGAAAUGUUUUAAAGCACUACUUGAAGUGUAACCAUCAUAAACUAUAUGGUUCAUAGUUUGGCCUAAAAAGAAGCUGUAGAUAAAAUAGCAAUGCUUUGUUUGGCAUGAAAGCAAAAAAUUGGCCCUAGAAGGUCUACCAUGUCUUAAAUACAAUAUUUUUAAGAAAUAUGUGUCAGUGCACUCUAUACCUGGUUUAGAGUACACUCUAUAGCUAUGUGUUAUUGGCAAUUCUACAGAUAUGUACUUGUAGAAAGCUAAUUGAAAUUAGCAAAUUUACUUGUUCUAUGAUCCCCAGAUAUGUCUGUUAAUGAAAACAAAGUAACAGCUGGUGCAGUGGAGAUAAAAAGAAAGGCAUUCCCAGGACUUUGCAUUCCAGAUCAAAUGACUGAAAAUGAAAGAAAAGUAAGUGAAAUGUGCUAGCAAACAGACAGUAUUGAAUACUCUAUUAACUUAAGGUGAUUCCUCAGGAAAAAAUUUUCCAUUCCAGCGAAACUGUUUAUUUAAAAUAUUUUUCCAUUCUUUUGUUUAUUCCUGCCUUGUUUAUUCUAAUGUAAUUUGUCACUUACUAUUGUAUAUAUAAUGUUCACUAUCUUGUUAUAAUUAAUUUUGCAUUUGAUAAUGGUGACAUGUCGUCGCCAAAACGUCAUGUUUUUAUGUCGCUACUCUUUAUUCUAAUAUAUAUAAUGUUCCUGACAAAUGUUUGUUUCAAAAAAUACAAUUAGGAGAUAGGUUGCUGUGUUUGUGUAGGAUAUAUGAUGGGCCAACCUUACCCUAUCUAUGCCUUUACUGAUGCUAAACACACAUGUCAUUUUAUCAGCUCACAGUGCAUUUUGCUGCAGUUGGAAGUAAGGGUUUUUAAAAUAAUGCUUGAAAAAAAAAUUGAUUGGUAGAAAGUCUGGAGCGUAUGAAACAAUUUAAUGUGUAGUUUGUGGGAAAAUCUCACAAAUUUAAACAACAUUGACUCAAAGCAUUCCUUGAGUAGUUCCUUUCAUAGUCAUAAUUUGCAUCCUCAAGUAAGGAGCUUCUUGCACCCUUCUAGCUUCAUCUUUUAUUUCCCUUCUAAGAAUUUUGUUGUAAUUUCUACAAUUUAAAGGGGAUAAUUUGUAGACCAAAAUUAUGCACAAAAGUAGAUAAGUCACCGUGCUCAUUCAAGAGCUACUUCUUUACCUGGUCCAUUUACCAGAAAACAAUACCAUGUUCUAGGAAUGCAUGUGGCUCAUUUGCCAGAUUAUGUAAUUUUUAUGCGCAUUAUAGGAUGUGCAGUGCAAUACUAAAGAAUUACUUUAAGUGUUUAUUUUGUGCAUUUUUGACUGUUUAAAAUUUUCUUUUUUUCAUUAUCCUUGUGUGGUUAGGGCUUUGAGGAUGAUGAACAAGUGGCAUCAUCAGCUUUAGGGGAGGUAGGUAUAAUUUGUAAAUGACUUAAUUUAAAAGCCUACCUUUUAUCUGCUGUAAAAUCCAAUUACUCACUUAAGUACAUAUACUUAAAUACUAUGACUGAUUGUAAUGUGGUAAAUAUAAAGAGAGUUACCAGCAAUAGCUGUACAUUUGAUUUAUUACUUGCUCUGGUUUUGAAAUGGUAAAUAGCCAACGGCACUUGUUGCUAUGACCAAUUUCAAAUCCAACAGAUGCUAAUGGAAUAAUUAUUCUAAAAAACUCUUCACUUCUUGUUACUGUGGUGGAAAUUAUGGUAAAUGACUUCAAAUUAGUUUUACUUAAAAAUGUUUGGUAAUUGUGAAGAAGAGCUCCCCAAAAAACCUGUCGGCCAACUGUCGGUCAACUGUCGGCCGACAGUCGCCUUCCAAUGCGAUUCUUAGAUUGUCUGGUGUGUUGUAAAUUACGCAAGUGAUAUAUCCUAUACGCAUCUGAUAACAACAUUUUGGAAGAAAUGUUUCUUUACAUACUUUCAACUUUGCCGUCGAUUGAUAAGUAGGUGAAGUCUGUCGAGUCAUACAUCACCAUUACGGAUUGUUGUCACGUUAACUGUUCGUUUUUAACACAAUUUUUCUUUUUCCUUAACCUGUCGGUAACCUGUUGGUUAGCUGUCGGUAGACUGUUGGUAAUCUGUUGGCCGACAGUCGGCCGACAGGUUUUUUGGGGAGCUCUUCUUCACAAUUACCGAUUUUUAAAAUGACUGAAGGUUGAAGUGACUUCUGACCUCCAAAACCGUAACAACAGUAACACUACCAAUGAUUAAAACAGUAAUGAUAAUGAUAAUAACUUUUUUUUUUAGGAAUAAAGACAAAAAUCUCUACAUGGCAUGACAAUUUAAAACUGUACAAAAGACAAAUUAAUCUGAAAUAAAUGAAAGUGAUGAAUAAACAAGGAGUCAACUGAUACAUGAAAAUAAGAAAUACACGAUUAAUUUUCAGUAGCUUUGAAAAGAAGCAUCUUUAACCUUUUCUUACAAACAGGAUAGGGACAGACUCAAUUUAAUGUCUGUUGUAAGACAUUCUAUUGGCUGUGGGAAGCAGCUGAAAAGGCCUGUCUCUUUAAGUUUUCAAGCAGGUCUUAUUUAUUUAAAGUGUCUUUGCAAUUGCUUCCAGUUCAUCAGUUAGAGGGAAAGUUAUGCACAGUUAAUGAACAUAUUUUGCUGUGUCAGCUAAGUCUCAUAAAAAGUGAUUUUUGGUAUUUGAAAAAGAUUGAUGAAGCUUUAGUGUGGAAAUGCAUAUUUGUAAGAUGACUGUUGGUAUUGUCAUGAAAUACUAAAUAAGUGUCUGACAUAAUUUUACCUCCUACGUGACAUGUACAUUUAUGAGUUAUUUACACUUUCAGUUAGAAGCUCUGAUGUCUAAGGCUAAACAAUCAACCUCACAAACUGACAGGUGAAUUACAGUCUACAAACAGACUAUAAUUUAUCUUAUCUUGUUAAGGGUAGUUAAUUAGUGAUUACACCCUUGUGAUGAACUUAGUUUGUUUUAUUUGACAAGGGAGAGUGCAUUCCUAAAAGAUAGAAUGUUGGACUUAUAACCAACAAAUGAUAUUUUUAGACCAAAUUUCUGAUUAAACAAUGUCAAUUUGUUGUUUGGUAUUCAAAGCCAGAAAAUUUUUUUCCCAAGAGCAUCUUUGUUCAUGAAUGAGUAAUCCUUUAUGGUCAACAAUGAUGUUGUGAGAAGUUGUGGCAAGUGCGUGUGUGAAUAGCUACUCCAUCACAUGUAUGUCCUUACUUUAUUUUCUUCUACUGAUACAUCAUCGACUCAACAUGAAACAAGAGCUAAAUGUCCAUGGAUUGAUUCUGUUGAAUUCAGUAGCCAUUACAAUAAGCAGUGUGUUUCUAUGUUUUGAUAAAAUACAUGUAUUGAUAACCAGUAGAUCACGAAGUUGAUAGCAAAUGUCAUCUUAAACUUUUUGCAUUCAAUGAAGGAAGAACGCUUCCUAAUCUCCUGGGCUACCUGUGAUCACGUAGGUGUCCUGUGCACGCAAGCAAAAGCUGACCCGUGUUUUAUCGUUCGAUCAGCCGGCCGUUCAUCUUUUCAGCGCCAUUUUGAAUAACGUCACAAUUUCGUACUGCGACGACUGCCUCCUCAAAAACCAUACGAUAUAACUAGCCUUUAAAACCUUUUCAUACACAGAGUAAAUACAGGUUUCACAAUACGCCAUAACCCUUUAUUUGACAACAUACCAUAGGCAUAUUCAUCUAUCCCAAUAACCAAAAAACAAUAUUUCCCCUUUGAAAUGCCGAACGCACUUCCCUAAUCUCCAAUUACUACUAGUUUUACAUAUAAAUACAGUGCAGUGCACUGAGUGUGUAUUUUGCCAUGACUAGUAACUGUAGCAUAUCAAAUUGUAGUAAAAAAAAGGGAAAAAAACAAAGUAGAAGCAGAAGUAGAAGCAGAAGUAGAAGCAGAAGUAGAAGCAGAGAACAACCAUCAAGGAGAGAUGAAAAGUUAGAAUUAAUUUGUUUUUCUCUUUUUGUUUGUAGUGAUCAGUUUCCUUGAUGAUCUUAUUUAUUCUAAUCCUGUGGUUUCAAGUGUAUAGUACAUACUUUCAACUUCAUCCAAGAUGUCAGAUUCUUUUGUCUUAAGAUUCAGUUGUGUAGUUUAUGGACAUCAUUCAGAGAACUUCACGCUCAGCCUUUUUUUAAAUUACAUAUUAAGUAAUUAUGUGGUUCCAUCAUAAGAAAGGUACACUGUACUUGUACUGUUUUUUUUCCUUUUUUCCAGGGUAUAUGCUGAUUAAAUAAUAUGAAAAUAAUUUUUUAUUUGUUGGUAUGUUGUCAUAGAAGAAGGCCAAGGUCACAGUCUCUAAGCCCAAGACGUGACAGAAACAGACAUAGGGACAGAGAUCAUGAAGAAGGAAGGAAUAGGUAUUGAAAGCAAUGGGAACAAUGACCUUCUACUGAACUAAAUAGUGGAAUAGGAUGACCCACAGUUGAUUAUUGUACAUGAGUGAGAGUGUCAGCCAUUUUCUUUAAACUCACUGGAUCUGUUGUAUUAAAAUUUGCCAAAUUCUGGCAUUAAUUGAGUAUUUUAUCAGGAGUUUGAAAUAUGACAACUGUAGUAAGUAAGUACGUAAGUAGAAACUGUAUUUAAACAUGGUGUUUCCAUUUAAACACAAUUUCUCAAAGGACACAAAUUGCUAACUACACUUCCCAAGAAAAGGCUAACCACUAGUUAUAAAAUCUAUAAACCAGUUCUACAAGGAUGCAGUAUAUAUAUAAGAUAGUAAUAGAUAAUCUUGCUUUGGAAAGUGUGGUUUUUCAAUUUUAUUUUGAAAUCAUUAAGAGAGAUGGAUUGUGUUAUCUCAUUAGGCAGGUUAUUCCAUAACACAGCCCCCUAUUCCAUAAACUUUGUUUACAAUUAUUGGUGAAAGGCAGUGGAAUGGAUGGCUUGCAUUCACCUGGUAGCAUUUUUCAGAUUAUAUGUCAAGGCUUCAUUACACAAACAAAAGCAAGAACCCUAGUAAUCUGGAGUCUUGUUAUGUAUGGUGUUAGAUGUCAUAAUUGCUUUGCUUAGGGCUCUUUGAUGAUAAAGUUCAUUCCAAUUUUAAUUACUUGAAAUCUCUUUAAUAUUAUUGUUACAAUUAGAGAAGGUUAUGAUAUGCACCACACAUUUCUUUGUCUUUUGUUAUUUCUGAGAAAUCCUUCUAUUAGUCUUAAUACUUGUACAUGUAGUACAGAUCCCUGAAAAUAUCAUUAAUAGAAAGAUAAUCAGCCUUGACCAAGUGGAAACUGACCAUUGUUUUACUCAGCAGGAGAAGGAGAAGUAGAUCUAGAAGUAAAGGAAGGAAUUACCCAAGAAACAGACAUGGCAGUAGCCAUGUGGAAAAAGCCCCACCUGCAAUUCCAGUUGUGAACCAGGUAUGCCUACAGUUAAUAUGUGGAAAUCCUCAUUUAGCCUGUGUGAGGAAUGUAAUAAUAAUUAGGUAUCUUUUGCUGUUUUCAGAUUUACAGUGGAAAAGUUACCACUGUUAUGCAGUUUGGUUGCUUCGUUCAGCUGGAAGGAUUACGAGGACGACAUGAAGGCUUAGUGCAUGUGUCACAGGUAACUUUUUGGAUAGUGAAGUUGUUGCUUUGAUUCAUAAAACCAGUUGCACUUGAAUUGGUUUAUAUUAUGGUUACUUACUUUGUCAACUUUUUCCAAAGCUGCGGCGUGAAGGUCGAGUGGCUAAUGUGAGUGAUGUGGUGCAUAGAGGUCAAAAGGUUAUGGUAAAAGUUCUCUCCAUGGCUGGUAGCAAGAUAAGUCUGAGUAUGAAGGUAAACAGUUUGUGCUUAAAGCCUAGUUUGAUUUUAAAAAAAAUUAUUUUAUUCUUAAUUUUUGAUACUAUUGAGUACUCCCUUUAGGAUGUGGAUCAAGAGUCAGGAGAAGAUCUGAAUCCCACCAAGUCUAGACAAAAUAUUGGAGGUGAGGCCAGUGACAUGGCCAGGAACCCAGAUAGGUACAACUUGGUUAUCAUACUACAUAAUUAUGUAUUGACUUGAAGUAGAUAUUACAUAAACAAGCAGUUCAGAGAAAUUUUUGUCAUCAAAUAAUUGGUAAAUCUUUGUUAAUAUUUUGCAUUUCAAAUAAAGGUGGAUCAUUUGGAUGUAUUCAAAAAAUAAUAUAGUUGAUGGUAAACAGCAAAUGAACAUGUGCAUAUUUAUUGCUUGUUAGAAACUUUCAAAGUAAUUUUAUCAAAAGGCAUAUUAUCUUUUCACACCUAAACACUAAAGUAGAACACCAAUAAUUAUUGGUCAGUUGCUACUCAUGAUAUGCAAAGAUGCCUCUAAUCAUUUGUGGUAUAUUUUUCUGGAAAAUUUCCCAUGCAUAAUUUUCUCUAAUACUUUUAAAUAUAAUAUUUAAAUAUUUAAGAGAAAUUUGCUUCAUGUAGAUGCACCAAUUUGAAGAAAAGUCAGUAUUUUUAAGGACCAACAAGACAUAUCAUUUGAUUGAUUGAUUGAAAAAUCUCCUCGCAUCAGAUUUUAAAGGAAUUUUUUCAUACUGGGUAUGUCCCAAAAAAUAUCACAUCUGUGCCAGUCUUGAAUAACCUGUGUCUAGAGAGAUUUUAAGCAUUUUUUCCAUGGAUACAAGACAAUUUUUAUAGUUGUUGUGUAAUAUGGUUAGCAUUCCCCUAUUGUUGUGUAUCAGAUAGAUUCCAAGUUGCCGUGCGUCUGUUCAGUAAUAGAUCACAGAUGACACCAAAAUGUGGUAAGAACAAAAAAGUGGCACACGAGGUACAGCCAAGUGUGUCACUGAUGUUCUUACCACAUUUUGACGUCCUCUGUGAUCUAUUACUGAACAGAUGCACGGCAACUUGGAAUCUAUUUGUUUUAUAUAAUAAAAAUUAAAAUAUACGGAAAAAAAGUUUUAAUGAUGACAUCAUCUAUACAUCUGUCCUCCAAUAGAUCAUAAGUGAGAACCAAUCAGAAUGCAUGCAUAACUGAUCCUAUUAUAUAAAUACAUAUAGUUUAUAUUUGGUCAUUUGAACUGUACUGAUUGAAAGUUAUUUUCAUAGGCCAUCUGGCAUCCCUGUAGUCCCAGUCUAUGAAGAAGAUGAACCAAACUCUAGGCGAAAAGUUCAGAGGAUAACAUCGCCAGAGAAAUGGGAAAUAAAGCAGGCAAAUAUCAUAUACAAAAUGUUGCAAAAGUUGGUAGAAUAAGGGAGAUGGUAGAUUUAGACCUUGUUCCUCAAAUAGAGCAAGAUGUUACAUGUCCUCUCACAAGCAUGGGACAAAGAAAAAAACUAAUCAAAGUUUCCCACAUGGAAUCAACCCCUGACCUUUGGACUAUGCGCUCUCAUACUGAACCACUGAGGUACAGGGAAGUCGAUGGUGAGGCUUUUAGUGAGUUCAUUGCAGUGCUAUCAACAUUACAAUGUAAAGUGCACAUGUCUCUUGUGAACUCAGUAAUGGCUUAGCUCACCUUAAAGUUCAUUGUAGGUCAGGGCCCAGUUGUUUAAAGGCCAAUUAGGGCAAUCAUAAGUUUAAAUUUUAUGUCCAGGUUCCUUUAUUUCUUUCCUCAAAAGCCUUUUUGGGAUAAUAGUUCUCUCCUUUUUAGAGCACCCAAUUAUGAAAUUUAAGACAAAAGAAUUAUUGUGAAAUUUCUUUCAGAUAUGAAAUCAGAAUUCACACUAACCCUGGGUCAUUGUAAUCCAGCCUUGAACAACCUGGCCCAGGGCAUCUGAAGCUCUAGGGGUCCAGUCUUUAUGGGGAUUAGGUGUUUUUUUGCAUUUCUCAUUAUUGUUCAGGAAUUAAAAAACACUUGGUUUAUUUUUAUUAUUUUCGGUGCAUGCAUCCUAAUAUUGUUAUGUAAAAUUUAAGUGGGUGGCAUCAGCCUUAAACCAGUGCAGGGCUGAUUUUGUUUUAAUUAUAGCUUAUCUCAGCUGGUGUAUUGGACAAAGCAGACUACCCAGAUUUCGAUGAGGAGACUGGUAUCCUUCCCAAGGAUGAUGAUUCAGGCUAGUGUUGUUGACUUGCCCCAAGGCUUGCACUGCCAGUAAUGUUUAGGGUUUCCUUGGAAAAAACUAAGAAAAAAGGAAUAGAGAACAAGGAAUGUUGAGCCAAGUUGUAUUUAUUAUUAGGUAGUCGGUCACAAAUGUAGUCAGCCACCUGGGCCACAUUUGUUUCUACAUGUUAAAAGAAUUAAAAUUCUACUCCUUAGUAAAUAGAUUUACCGUGAGAGAAAUGUGAAAAUCAUUCCCUCCUAAUCUUUGUGUUACUAUGAAAUGAUUCAACAUUCAUUUUGAAAUUAUUUACUGUAAUUGCUCAGAGAAGGGGACAUGGGUUAAGUGUUUAUCAGCCUCAUGUGAUAACAUUGCUACACUCCUUAUCAAAUCUUCCAUUUUUCCGUUUACGGUUACAUCUCAUUAUAAUGACUCUCUUUCUAACAGAUGAAGACAUUGAGAUUGAAAUCGUAGACGAGGAACCAGCUUUUCUGAGAGGUCAAACAAAAUUGAGUGUAUCUAUGAGCCCUGUGAAAAUUGUGAAGGUAUAAUAACUAAUCCAAAGGCCAGGUUUAUUUUCUCACAUUUCAGAAUUUCUAUUGCAUCCCCGCCUACUUGGUAUGUACAGUAUUAAAGCAUGUACACGACCGCUAAGAUUUCAGUCUUUAUCUUUACCAGUCUGUUUCGUUUUACUGAAGCUGUUAUGAAAUUUCUAGCAAACUGCUUAAUGGCUGAUAGCUUUGAUUGGCGAUGGUUUAAAGCUUGCAAGUUGAAACAGGAUUUGUGUUUUAUAUUAACUUACCAAUUUACAUGCUCUUCAACAGAAUCCCGACGGUUCCCUUCAAAGAGCAGCCAUGACUCAAAGUGCUCUGGCGAAGGAGAGAAGAGAACUUAAACAAGCCCAAAGAGAAGCACAGGCAGACAGUAUACCCAAAGAUCUUGGAAAACUGUGGAUUGAUCCUAUACCCGAUGGUGAGUGUUAGCUACCUCUACCCUUGACUGUUCCGCUUGCCCCUUACUGGAGCUCUGAAAGGCACUUCUGGCCAGAGUGUAAUGCAUGUAUGCUACUAAUAUCCCAAUGCUGUGGGUAGUAUUCCACGAAUUGUGUUCUGGUAACGUAAAGUAUAUUAUAUAUGCCCUCCUUUUGGACUGUUCGAUGACAAGACUAUCCUAUGUCAUGGUAUCUACCAAGAGAUUUAGAUUGCAAACGCUAAAUUAUAACUUGGAGUAGAAAUAGAAAUAAUCAGAAUACUCAAUAUGCAUGAAACCAUUGUUAAUAGUCUUGUUUGUUGCUGUUCAGUGGAUGGUGAUAAGCCAAUCUUCGCUCAAGAUAUGCGAGGAGUUGGAUUGACAAAUGAAGAUAUGCCUGAAUGGAAACGAGCUACAUUUGGUGGGAAUAAAGCUUCAUACGGAAAGAAAACAAAUUUGAGUAUACUGGAACAGAGGCAAGGAUUACCAAUCUACAAGCUUCGAGAAGAGUUGCUAAAGGUUUGUUUUGGCAUAAAGCAUUUGUUUGUUAAAGCAUUUGCAUCUAAGCUCUGGCAACAGUAAUUAACCGUUCUGGCGGCAUCAUACAGGUUGGUUAUACUGACAUGGAUAUUCUUUUUUCUGCCUUGGCCGGUUAACCUUUUGGGAGGGGAAGGGGAAUUUAAGGGAAUACUCAGUUUAGUGUUUAAAGAUUCACCUAUGAAGUAUUUUGCGGUUUGUUGGUAAAAACCGAAACAGCAGUGCUCGUAAUAGGCAGAUUCAACCUGCUCGAACAAAGUAGCUCUUUAAGUUCUUUUUCUGUUUUAAUAGGCCGUGAUCGAAAACCAUGUUUUGAUCGUCAUUGGUGAAACUGGGAGUGGGAAAACUACACAAAUAACACAAUAUCUGGCAGAGGAAGGCCUUCUAAGCGCCGGAAAACUUGCUUGUACUCAGCCAAGGCGAGUGGCAGCUAUGUCAGUCGCCAAACGAGUGUCAGAAGAGUACGGCUGUCGACUUGGACAGGAAGUAGGGUACACCAUACGAUUUGAAGACUGUACGAGUUCGGAGACAAAGAUCAAAUAUAUGACGGACGGUAUGCUGCUUCGGGAGUGUCUUCUCGACCCGGAUUUAAAUCAAUACGCCAUCGUGAUCCUCGAUGAAGCACACGAGCGCGGGAUAAAUACCGAUGUACUCUUCGGAUUGAUGAAGAAAACUGUAGAAAAGCGAUCCGAUUUGAAGUUGAUUGUCACCUCGGCCACGCUGGAUGCAGUCAAAUUUUCAACGUAUUUCUUUGAGGCUCCCAUUUUCACGAUCCCAGGACGGACUUUUCCUGUGGAGAUUUUGUAUACAAAAGAAGCAGAGACAGAUUACCUGGAUGCAUCCCUUAUCACGGUCAUGCAGAUCCAUUUGACUGAGCCGCCAGGAGAUAUUCUUGUGUUUUUGACAGGUUGGUAUUGGACAGAUUCUUGUUUUCUUUUCAGUUUUAAGGGCAAUUUUCAAUCGAAUGUCGAAAGUAAAUCGGUACUUCAUUGGUAUGCCUAUGAUGAGUGACUAGUCCAAAUAAACAAGCGCGACGUCCCCUAAAACAAAUAGAUUAAAAAACGUAGACGUAUCGCCAUCGGGUAACUCAGUGAAUUUUCUUGUUCUUAUGGCAAUCUUCAUGUUUUAACUUUGAGUUCUCACUGUCUUGUUCUUUUUAGCCUUUUGAUUGAUUGACCGUUGCGUUACUUUGUUUUGGUUUUAAGAACUGCUGUCUGUUUCCAUUAGCAUUGUUUCCAUUAUACUCGGUUACCUUUGUAUAGGCGCAUUUCGUUCCUUUUUCCGAUUAGAACCUUCCACUCACGAAAAAAGGACUCCAGAGAAAAGGAAAAUUGCAUGAACGCCUUCCUGUUAUGAGCUCUCGAAAAUUUGUCGUGGUGGCUGAAACCUACUCCCUGAUUGUAUCAGAUUUACCUACUGAUCUACGUGCCCCGAUUAACAGUAGCAGAGAUAUUUACUGUUUACUAUUGAAGAGUUUUGUUCUAGGUCACUUGGCGGUGAGUUUUCCAUUGACUUUAUUAGCUGAUUUUCUCCUUCAUUGUUCAAAUUUGCUAACUAAAAGAAACUUCAUGUCAGGGCACAGCCAACUAGAUUUCCUUCAGCGUAAGUUCAGAGGAAGACUAUCAAUGACCCCGAACCGGUUUUUAUUUUCUGUCUUCCAGGUCAAGAAGAAAUUGACACAGCAUGUGAGAUUUUGUACGAGCGUAUGAAAAGCUUAGGACCGGAUGUUCCUGAGUUGAUUAUUCUGCCAGUUUAUAGUGCUUUGCCAUCGGAGAUGCAAACCAGAAUAUUUGACCCCGCCCCACCUGGCAGCAGAAAGGUAAAAAACCAGCCACAAUAACAUCUUAAAGUCUGUAGUUGACACCCUUAAUAAAUACGUGCUUUUGACCAAGCGUAAAUUAAAUGUUUUGUUAGUUUAUAUAUGUGCAAAACAAAUCCACUUUUACUUUUAAAAGACAAUAAAAAAUAACGUGCACAAGAUCUAUAUUCUGGAUUGAUUUGGUUGUUAUUUUAUCACAGGUGGUAAUUGCCACUAACAUUGCUGAAACAUCGUUAACAAUUGACGGUAUCUACUAUGUGGUUGAUCCGGGAUUUGUAAAGCAGAAAGUCUACAACUCCAAGUUAGGAAUUGACGCUUUGGUCGUGACUCCCAUCUCGCAGGUUCAUAUCUUGCUUGCUGUUGUUUUUUCACGUCCAGUUGUUGUUUUUUCUUGUUCGGCUGUUUUUUUUUAGAGCUGUUUCGCAUUUCGCUUUCAGAGGUACUAGUUUUUCGUAUCAAGAGACUUUGAAAUUACAUGGUAUCCCAAGCAUUUCAAACUGUACACUCAAUAUUAAGUAUAUUGAAACAACUAUUCUAGGCUCAAGCUAAGCAGCGCUCUGGCCGCGCGGGAAGAACGGGUCCUGGUAAAUGCUAUCGACUGUACACGGAGCGUGCGUACAGAGAUGAGAUGCUGCCGACCGCUGUACCUGAAAUCCAGAGAACUAACUUGGCAAGCACUAUACUGUCACUCAAGGCUAUGGGAGUAAAUGAUUUGCUCUCCUUUGAUUUUAUGGAUCCACCGCCCAUGGAGGUAUUGUAUUGUGUUCCCCUUCUCACUGUGAGAGUCCCGUCAGAUCAAUUCUCAAUUGGAAGGCAAAGGGUUUGCUUCUUUAGGCUAAAUGAUCUAGAAACUCAAGCCGCUCUCUCGACCGAUUCUGAAGCAAAAUUAAGACAAUAGUGGCCCGGUCAUUUGCGUUUUUUCAGCGCGUGAAGCUGUUUCUUCAACUUGAAAUUCUCAUUGAAUAGUUAGAGUAAUAAUAUUUUCUUUCCGAAAAGUCAUUAUAAUUUUGGUUUUGGUUUUGGUUUUGGUUUUGGGGCACGUAUCUGAAAUGUUCUCGAUUGAAAUCUGAUGGCUUAGUGGGUCUUUGAGUUUGAACCACAUAGGCAACGUGGAUCUGUAAAAGUGUUUGAAUAAUGUUGCAACUCAUUAUUCUCUGAAGAGUUUAUAGGCAAAAAUAAAUUUGGAAGGAAGUAUUGCGUCGAAUGUUUAAACGACGAAGGACUUUUUCUGUGUUUACAAGGCGGUUUAGGAGAAUUCGAAACAUUUGCGAAGGCCUUAGGCGCAGUAGAGGGUUUACUUAUUUUUCCGAGAAUAACUCUAACCCUUCGAGUGUUUAGACGAGGCUCUGUAAAAACGGAAAGAAGUCCUCUUUUGCUUCUAUAGAGAUAUUUCAAAAAUACGCGAGGAUCUAAAAGGCCACAACCGUGCUUUUCUUUCCUUUAUUUAAUGUAGUCUUUUGUAAACAUUCCUAUCGACCAAUAAGAGCGACCCGAAUUCUCAGGUAUUCAUAAAUUAAGUUCUAGUUCUAACGUUGUUUGACCUCGAAAUCCGAGCUUCGAAGCGUCAACGGUUGGGUUUUGCUGUAGAAUAAGAACAAGCAAAGGCAGGAGUAAAAUGAAUAAAGAGGGGGUAAGUUUCUAAAGAGACUGUGGUGCUGCGUCGGUGGGAGAGUACAACAGUUAAUUUGGUAUUAUCAACUGAGUCGAUAACAUAAAUUGGCCACCGUUGAGAGUUUGAAAGCUGACGUUUCAAACGUUAGCCGUUCGCCAGAGCGAAUGACGAACGGCUUACGCUCGAAACGUCAGCUUUGAAACUCUUAACGGUGACCAAUUUUCGUCAUCAACUCAGUUGAUAAAAUCAAAGCUCAGGUAAAGUGUUUGCUGUUUUAAGUUUGUGCUCAUGUAUAGUUAGGCUCAAUGACCAGCUGGUGUUCGGGAAAUGAUCUCGUGGUCCACGCCGAGAACGAAGGCCGUGGGUCGAGAGAGAGGUAGCGGAAAUUGAGCUAAAUGUCUGACGAAACCAGUCUUUAUAGCAGUCGAUUUAAUAAAAAUUUUAUCGUCAGACCAUGAUUUCAGCUAUGGAACAGUUACACUCACUAAGCGCCUUGGACGAUGAGGGCCUGUUAACUAGACUUGGAAGACGAAUGGCGGAGUUUCCUCUGGAGCCACAAUUGUCGAAGAUGUUAAUUCAGUCGGUACAUCUAGGUUGCAGUGACGAGGUGCUCACCAUUGUUUCCAUGCUUUCUGUACAAAACGUCUUUUACAGGCCUAAGGUGAGUAAUGCAACCCCCUCCUCCACCCUUGAGUAGCCUCAUCGAGAAAGAUCGUGUCGGUUACAAAACUAAGAAAAGAAGUAUCGUGUUUCAAAGUUUACAACGCGAUUUAAACUCAGUUGUGAUUCUGACGUGCUGUGUUCUUUUUGAGUAUUUUUUAUGUAUUAAAAAGAAAUAGCUAUCUUAGCGUAUCUAGUGGUAUGUUGCUCGUACAGAUCAGAUCGCCGCAAUUGGGUAUGUAUCUCACACUAAUCAGAUCGCCACAUGAGGGUUUGUAUCUCGCACCAAUAAGAUCGCCACUUUAGGUUAUGUAUCUCGCACACAAUUGAGUUUUCGCAGUCUCCUUCGCAUCCGUUGUUUGGUCUGAGAGGGCGCGUUCAGAAAGUACAGUAAGCGUAGCACCAGUGCAGUUGAUUUCUGCUUAGAACUGUUCAGACAAUAGUGACAACAGAUCACAAAAUAUCAGUGUCUGAUUUUACAACAUAUCAAUUGGAAGGGUAUCUUUUUGUUGGAAACUUUGAAAGUUAAACGCUCGUUUUCUUUACAAAAUUGAAACAAACAGUUACUCAAAGUGUUUCAUCUUACCCACCCAUUCAAAAAAACUAAUUUGCGUGCAUGGCAUGCUAAUAUUUAAUUCUUUAUAGGACAAGCAGGCACUUGCUGAUCAAAAGAAAGCUAAAUUUCACCAAGCUGAAGGAGACCACCUUACAUUACUCGCUGUUUACAACUCUUGGAAGAACAACAAGUUCUCGAAUCCAUGGUGCUUUGAGAACUUUGUGCAGGCCAGGUCACUGAGACGCGCUCAAGACAUCAGAAAACAAAUGCUUGGUAUUAUGGACAGGUACUGGUUCGUAUCUAAAAUGAUUCAUGGGAGAACCUUACAUGUACGAAAAGAAUCUGCCAAUUUUUUUUCCUCUGCAGUGUAGAAAAAAACUGCAAAAAUGUCUUGUAAUAAAUAAAUGAAUCGGUUGUUCAACCAUCAUGCAAUCCCAGCAUUAGAACCACCUAGCUCUCGAAAUCUUAUGCUUAAACCCGAUCUCGUUUCCAGUCUUAGUAGUCAGUUGAAUAUCGAGAGACGGAGCAGCACAGGCGUUAUCGUACUGGCCUCGGUUGUUCAAGGGUUGGAUAACGUUAUCCAAGGGAUAAAUCGUUACUCCGUGGAUAGCGCAGUGCGGUUUGUAAUCACUUAUCCGAUUUAUCCGUUAUCCGCCCUUUAUACUAUUACUAAGGUAAGCUCUAGUGGUGUGGGUCUAAUCAUAUCAAUUGCAUUUUUAGACACAAGCUUGACGUGGUGUCUUGUGGCAAGACGACAUCCCGGGCGCAAAAAGCCAUCACGAGCGGUUUCUUCCGUAACGCCGCCAGAAAAGAUCCACAGGAAGGCUACCGCACUGUGACGGAUAACCAGGUGGUGUACAUCCAUCCAUCCAGUGCGCUGUUCAACCGGCAGCCGGAGUGGGUGGUGUAUCAUGAGCUCGUUUUAACAACUAAGGAGUACAUGAGAGAGGUCACUACUGUAGAUCCAAAAUGGCUGGUCGAGUUUGCGCCCGCGUUCUUUAAGAUGGGCGAUCCCACCAAACUGAGCAAGCGUAAAAGACAGGAGAGAUUGGAGCCGUUGUACAACAGGUGAGGACUGGCAUUUGAAAUCACUAAAGUAACUUCACGUUGUUUUUGAAUAUACGUGGGCUAUCAGCCGGUUAGCAAUGAAAGCUCAUUUAUUAGUCAAAUCAGACUACCGGUAUUUGGAGCAUAGCUUCCAAAUGAAUGUUUGUUGUUGUUGUUAUGCAACUUUACAUCGUUGGGAAAGAAAUUAAGAUUUUUUUUUAACAAAGUAGGAGUGUGUUUGUUAUUAACGUUGUGUUUCGUUCCGUGGUUUUUUUUUACAGAUACGAAGAACCAAAUGCUUGGCGUAUUUCUCGCGCCUUCAGAAGAAGGUGAAGAUGAUUUUCACCAUGGCAACCACUAUGACCGCUUUUCAAUUGAUCACCAAGCUGAGCUCAAUGAACUGCUUGUAGAGAAUUAUAAUCAGUAGCAAUUACGGUGUAUUUCAGAUGGAACAAAAGUGUUGUGUGAAUAAAUUAAUGAUCUUGGCAUGCUUAUCAUAUUUUAUGGAGAUGCUAAUUUCAGUGUGUCUUAUGUGUAAAUUUUAACUGUCGUACCAGUCAGCCGAAAAGUAAUAUUCUGUAUUUACCAAUAAAAAGUGAUUGCUUCUUCGAUAUUUGUUGCCGUAUAAGACUAUAGUUAGACGUUUCCGUGAUUGCUUACUCCACUUCCUAAACGUAUACGCGC